AUGCCAUUCAAGAAACAUUACGGGAAGGACUAUAAGCGUAGAGGACGGGAUAUACGUUCGGGGAGGGCCGAGAAGCGUUCAACCCAUUCAAAGACACUCUCUCCAUCCAAGACCGUCGGCCGGGACGAGUCAAUGCUGCUCUUCGACGUCGGCACUUAUCCCCAUCUCUUCGACAUCAUCUUCGCAUCGUCUACCAGGCCCACACUCGCCACACUCCUUCGUUGCAGCAAGGCGCUCUUCACUGCGGUCUCGCCACUGAUCUACCGAGAUCUCUCGGUCGAUGAUAAUCAACUCAAAGCCCUCACGCUUUCGAGAGGACCGCAGGCUGGAACACCCUCGGGGGCAGAAAACGGAUUCAAUGCCGCCUUCCGUAGUACGGUGCAGCAAGUCCGGGCGAUGCGGCUGCGGCAGUCCAGCGAACGUGAUAUCCGCUCGCCGGGCGAACAGUGGCCGGUCUCACGAGUGGCGGAGUGCUUGACGGACGUGUCGAUUAUCGUCCUCAGCCCCGUUCCGUGGGUCAAGGUCCGGAAUGACGAGCUCGCUUUGCUGGCAAGGAUAUCCAGCGCCUCCCAGCUCGUCAUCCAGUAUCGCGAGGACUGGAAGUCCUACGAACCCCCUUUUCCCCGUCCCACCGCUUUCCACCUCACCGUUCUUCUCCCCUUCACCCGUCUUCUCAGGCCAUACGAUCUGUACUCGUCGACCCUCAGCUCCGGAUCGGACCGGGAAAAGGUCGUCACCGUCGUCCUCCAACCCCCGACACCGCAACAGUAUCGCCAGAUCCAGCAAGCCCCGAAUCAAGAGGAUAUUGUUCCUUCGCUCUACUAUCAGAUGCUGCUUGACUCGAGGCUCAAUCAAUUCCACUUUAUCGGUAGCGAAUUCCUCGGCCUUACAUCCAUCGCGCUCCAACGCGUAGAAACCGAUAUGCGGAGAAGGGCUAGCAUCUACCGGCCGAAAGAAGGGGAAUGGCGCCGCCGCAUCACGCUUCGGACAUUUGCGUCAUGGCUGGAGGAGCAGGAGAAGGGAUUCCUUUCGCAGCCGGAGCACAGACGGGCGAAUGACGCGAUCCUGGAGUAUCUCAAGGCGGAGGCGGAGGCGGAGAUACGAUCCGCUGAGAGUAUCUUCGAGCAGUGCCGUCCCAUGUCGUCACGUCCCACUAUGUCCGCGAGCUCUCUCGGUCCUUUCACCUUCCACCGCAUGUCUACAAGUAUGCCACCCAAGAUCAAAGGAAGAGCAGGGAGGCGGAAGCCUGCAGAGAAAGGGGCGAAGCCGGCGAAAGUUUCUGAGGGAAGUGCUACCUCGGUGAGCCUUCAAUUUGCGGUGGACUUGUCCCCUUCGCCAGACAUCACAACAACCGGAACCCACGGCGUCCAUCGACAUCGCGUCAUUCCCCUCCCUGUUCUCCCUCAUCAUUCGCUAUUCCUGCACUUCGACACUCGCUACCCUCCUCCAAUGCUCCCAAGCUACGUUCAAGCAGGCAUCACACAUGCUCUACCGGGAGCUUCGCAUCACGCUCCCGCAGCUGGCGGCCAUGAUCGAAACGGGACGGGGACCGCUGAAGAAGGGCGUCAUCUCCGGGGCCCUCGGGCGCUCAUUCAGCCCAUACUGCCGGCAGUGACUGGACUACGUACGGACACUCCACCUUACCGACUUCGACAACUGGUUGGACGAUAUCCCCACCCUACCCAGAGGUAUCUUGUCCAAUCCCACUGGCACGGCUAUCUCACGCAACUCCCUACGGCACUCAAAUUACUGCCAGCCACUCAAAUGUACAUCCACUACUCGGAGGCCGUCAUCCGCGAGGUGUUCGCGGGGGUACUGCACAGGCCUUACUUCGAGGCGACACUCGAUCGAGCGCCGCUCAAGACACGGAGCAUCACGUUGCUGGUUCCCUCCGCAUAUCAUCUGACUAGCGCUGCAUUCUUCGACCGGUGGAUCAAUGAGCAUGAUGGUGGAAGGAUCUCACGGCGGCUCUCACGGCGUCUUACGGUGGUAAUUCUCCCCUGGCGCACGAUUCCCGGCGAGAAGCUCGACCGCAAGGUGACGGCUUCAAAAUGGUCCGCUGCCCGGUCGCAACAGUCACUUUCAAAUGUGACUCGAUAUGUCGGUGCGGAGUACAUUAGGACGGACCCUCUUGACGUUCGGCUCCCUGGCGUCCCAGCAGAGCGGUACAGCGAAACGGGUGGACUGGGAGCGCCCAAUCUAUACAUCCAUCUGGCGGACUCGUACAUCCGGUCACAUCCCCAAGGCGAUGAGGAAGUCUCGCUCUACGUCCCCCACCUCCCCAAAUCGAUCCGGGCCGUUACCCUCCUCGUUCCCCUGGCGUAUCUCCUGCACACCGCCCCGUCGUGCAGUCUCCACAAAAUCGAUGCUGGUCGCGGCGUCACCAUGACAAUCGUACUACUGCCUUGGAAGCAGACGGACGAGACAAGGUCUUUCCAGGCGGGGACGGAGGAGCUCUGGGCUGUGGAGCCGGGCAGCCUGUCCUUUGACUCUUACUUUCACCCCAUCCAACUCGUCGGAAUCGAGCAUACGGGAGUCGCAGGCGAUCCAUCGAGUCUGAUUCCCUUUUUUGAGGGCGGCGCGGAUCUAUCGGGCAACCCAAGCCAGCAGCUGUCCUACACUGCCUUCUCCGAAUGGGUCACAUCUCUUCCGCCGGAGCAUCCCUUCACUCCGGCCGAGAGAGCAAUCCUGCUGGUCAGACAUGCGCUAUUGAACAUGAAAAUCGCAAAGGACGGCGCUCGAGAAAGACGCGAUGCGGGGGUGCAAGAACCAGCCGACCUUGCUUUACUUGCCACGCUCGAGGCGGCUGCGGACAAAGAGGCGGAUUUGCUUAGGAAAUUCGGGGAGGAGUCUGACGAGCCCGGGAUCCGCGAGCUGCUUGACGAUGCCCCACGGCCCGCGCUGAGCAGCUCGCGAGGGCAGAUCUGCAGCAAGACCGAAGCUCCGUCAUCCGCCAUGUCAGGAAAGGACAGAAAUAGCAAGCGGCGGCAGGGCGAGGAGACUGCAGCACUGGGACAGCAGGCAGACACAAUUCCACUCGAUACCACUUGCCCCAUCCCCACCGCAUCGCUCAACAUCUCUCUCUACCCGUACAUCUUCUCCCUCAUCCUCGAUAACUCAACCUCGGGCACUCAAGCCACCCUCCUCCGCUGCUCCAAGACGACAUUUGAGGCCGUCGCCCCCCAUCUCUACAGGAGCUUACGCGUCACUCCAGCUCAGUUGGCCACCAUGGUCGAGACGGGCUGGGAACCAAAGAAGCGCGGCAUCACCGCGGGGAUCCUCGGUCGGUCAUUUAGCCCGUACCUUCGCGAAGCGCUGUCUCACGUUCGGACCCUCCAUCUCAUAAACUACUCUCGGGAAGUAUCGCUCCCUCAGCUCCCUCGGGGCUGCAUGGCUGCUGUCCACAGCGUCGUCCUCCACUGUAACGGCUAUCUGGGCAGGAAAUGGGCGCCGGCUCUUCCCAGGCUGCUACGCUCGGUCGGUGUGGUCGACCUGUACAUCCGCUUGUCGUACAACUACAUCGUACGCACCCGUUGGCAGGAGGUUCGGGACACUGAGACCAUCGCGGUCAAACUCCCUCCACUACCAAGAUCCGUCCGGGCGGUCACCCUCCUCGUGGCCCAAGCGUAUCUCCUCGACUGCGCGCCAUCGUGCGGCCUGCACGCUGCGGACGUCGGGAGGGGCAUCAUCGUCACGGUGGUGCUGCUUCCUUGGCAGCCCACUGAUCGCAACAUGGCCCAGCAAGCAGGAAUGGUGUCGAGAUGGACCAGCAAUCAAAGCGGUCUAGCGGUCGACUCUGUUCGACACCUCGUCCGACUCGUAGGUGCCGAGUAUACCGGCGUGCGUUACAUUCGUGGACGGAAGAAUCUCGACCUCAUCCCUGCGCUCCCACAAGGCGGACCUGCUGGGUCAUCCGGCCGACAGCUCCUCUUUCUCACUUUUGACCUCUGGCUGGGCUCGCUGCAGCCCGGUCUUCUCUUCACACCGUGGGAACACGCCGGUAUCUACCUCGCUCACAUGCUAUUGGGAGCACGGAUGAUGGAGGACCGCCUCAAGAAGUUGCGAGUCAUGUAUGAGGAGGUGACACAGGCUGGGGGGACCGUACAGAUGGGUCUUUGUGAUUUGAAUACGUUAGAGGCGGAUGUUAGGAGUGCUCAUGCGUCGGUCAAGAGUAUCGAGGCUAUGCUACCCUUUGGCAAUUUGGAGGAGAUAUUGGUUGAACGUGUGAUCUAG